AUGUGAGGAUGGGACACACUUUGUGCUACAAACUGGGCUCGUUCUUGAUCUGUGUGCUCCUCUGCACUGGAUACGCAGAUGAUGCUGCGUUAACUAUUAAACCCAACUGGUCCAGUUUUUUCAUUGGAGAGUUUGUUACCUUCAUUUGUGACAUGAAUGAAGGAGCAGACACUGACUGGGAAUACAAAAUCAAAAAGGAUGGGCAAGAAUUUGUCCCCUACAACACAAACAAAGACUACAAAUUAAAAUUCACAUCUGCAUAUCAAAGUGGUGAAUAUCAGUGUUCUGGUCGCAGGAAGCGCUCACAUGAUACAGAGAGGAGUAACACUGUCUCUGUAACUGUAUCAGCAGAUAAACCCAGGGCCACACUGACAGCAGGAACAACAAUCAUACCAGUAGGGGGCAGUGUGACACUGACCUGCUCUGUGGGGAGAUCUGCUGAGUGGAAAUAUGAGUGGUUCAGACGCACCCAAACAACCACUGAGGUUCAAAUCAGAAGAGAUGAUCAACCAAACAGAGUUAUCAGAGUAUCUCAAGGAGGAAUCUACAGAUGCAGAGGAAGAAGAGGAGACCCAGUUUACUACACUGAUAUAAGUGAUGAAGUCAGCAUUGAGAUAACCUUUUCCAAUAAAGUUGCUGUAAAACAACAACAACACAGCUGGUCUCAGAUAUUCAGCGGUGAGACGAUCACUCUGACAUGUGAGGUGCAGGAAGGAGGUGAACCCACUGAGUGGUAUCAUGAAUGGAGAGUACCCAGGCAAACCACACAGUGGACACACAAUAAUUCUUUGACAUUCAGAGUUUCUGAGUCCAGCAGUGGAGACUACAUGUGUAAGAGUCGACGCAGAGAUGACUCAUAUUCUUCAACAGAGUGGAGUGAAGCCUUCACACUGUCAGCAUCAAGUCGACCAAAGGCCCAACUGAGAGCUGAUGUCACAGACAUUCCAGUAGGGGGCAGUGUGACCCUGACCUGCUCUGUGAACCCAUCAUCAUCAUCAUCAUCAUCAUCAUCAUCAUCAUCAUCACCUGGAUGGAAAUACUACUGGUACAGAGAUGAGAAACACUCUGAACCUCUGACCACACAAGAUGCAGUUUUCCUCUCAAAUGGACAAAUCAGAGUCUCACAGGAAGGACUCUACAGGUGCAGAGGAGGAAGAGGAGACCCAGUUUACUACACAGAAGACAGUCAGUCAGUCACGACUGAAAAAAUCGUGUCAAACAAAGCUGUUGUGACUCUGCAUCCAAACUGGACUGAGAUAUACAGAGGAGAGACGAUCACUGUCAGAUGUGAGAUCCAUGGAGGAGACACUGAGUGGGAUUAUGAAUGGGAAACAAACAGCUACAUAAAACUUCAAAAUCAAAAUGAAUACAGGAUUGAAUCUGCUUUAACAGUCAACAGUGGAAACUACCGCUGUAAGGGCCGAAUGAAAAGUUCACAGCUUAAAACAACAGAGUGGAGUGAUUCAGUCACACUGACAGUUUCUGACAAACCCCGUCCUGUCCUCACUGUGUCUCCAUCAUGGCUGAGUCCUGGAGCCUCAGUAACUCUGAACUGUGAGGUUGAACAUCCGUCUGCAGGAUGGAGCUUCUACUGGUAUAAAGCUGUUCCUGAUCUAUCAGAGAAAUCCUACAGUUAUGAGCUGCUACCUGAUGGCAGUGGGACUGCACAGGACUCCUACAUCAUUGAUGGACAGACACACACAGCAGGAUAUGUGUGUAGAGCUGGAAGAGGAGACCCAGAGUAUCACACUGAUCACAGUGAACCAAAGUUUGUCUGGUCUGCAGAUGUUCAUUCAGCAGCGUCUCUCACAGUGAGUCCUGACAGAGUGCAACACUUCACCUUUGACUCUGUCUCACUGACCUGUGAGGGAAACUUCACUGAGUGGAGAGUGAAGAAGUUCCCUGAGGACGGCCCACUGCGCUCUAACUGUUGGAGAAUUAAUAAAUCCGCAUGUAACAUCUACACAUCACAGUCACAUACUGCAGUGUACUGGUGUGAGUCUGGAUCAGGAGAGUUCAGCAAUGCAGUCAACAUCACUGUACAGAAUGAUAAGGAUAUUAUCCUGGUGAGCCCCGCCCAUCCAGUGACCGAGGGAGAUCCCGUUACUCUUGUCUGCAAACUUCGGACAAAAAGUAUUCAUUCUCAUGUGUUUUUCUAUAAAAAUGACAAACUGAUCCAAAAUGACAGCAGAGGGGAGCUGAGCAUGUCUGCAGUCUCAAAGUCAGAUGAAGGUUUCUACAAGUGUCAACAUUCAGGAAAAGAGUCGCCACAGAGCUGGAUGCCAGUAAAAUCUUCCAGACCUGAAAAAUCAUUUCUUGUUCCGCUCAUCGUUGGACUUGUUUGUGUAAUUUUCCUCAUCAUUGUUCUUCUGCUGUUGUGCUGCUUCAAACAGGCAAAAGAUUCGUACUUUAUCAGCAGAUCUAAGAGACCAAAUCAGAGCUCUGCUGCAGACUGUGGGAUCAGCCCAGAGGAAGCUCAACACAGCCACUAUGCUUCUAUUCUCCAAGGUGAAACUUCUCACUAUGAAUCAGUCAGCUACCAGGAUGGCACAGAAAUUGCUGAAUCUGGGGAUGUCACAUAUUCUUUGAUUGAGCUUAAAAACAACAAUAAAAGGGGGAAGCCCACAUUACCCGAGGAGAGCUGUGUUUAUUCUGAUGUAAAGAUAGGAUCCUCCACAGAUGACAGCAUGUAUGCACAGGUCUCCCACAAAAAAGCGAAAGCCAAGAGAAACAACGGAAAAUCGACUCCGAUGAAAUAGUUUAUGAUGAAGUCAAAAGGAAAGUGCAGCUGUAACAUACUGUCAUUGGUCACUGUAAUUAUUUACAUUAACAGGUUUUUAAUGAAUAUCACUUUUUUUCAGAAUAAGAACAAAUCUGUAUCAACAAAACAUGGUUGAAUGACAAAAUAAUAACCACACUCACUAAUGUGCCAUCAUAUGAACUUAAUAUCCUGUUAAUAAUGACAGUGUUCCCAUUGCAUUGAUACACCAGCCACUUCCAAAAGGCUUCAGUUCAUUAUAAUUUAAAGCUUUAAAUAAUGCAGCUUUUAAGUCAGCAUUACUUUCACAUCCACAUGAUUAGAUCACAUUUACAGUUACAGUAAUUUCCUGUUUCUUUUUUUUUUUUAAUUAUAAAGCCAACCGAAGCCAAGUGCUUGCUCACAGCAGGUCAUUUUGACUGUU